UAAAAUAGUCCAUAAGAAGAGGAAAGAGAAACUACGAGAACAGACGCGUAAGUACGCGUCGAUGUGGCGAUGACUAAAGGGUCCGGAUCAUAUUCGUGACCGAGUCACCGGCUUGUUUCCCAACAUAUUCCUCCUCUAUUCGGUUACGGAUCUACCAGGCAAAUGAACUGAUAAGUACUCACUGGUCAACCAAUGCUUUCUCUACGGCACUCUGACUGAACCGCAGUGGAAAAUUGCUCUGGAAGAGCUAUACCGUGUUCUAGCUCCUUGAGGAUGGGUACAGCUUGUCGAAGGCACAACGAUUUCUCAUCCCCCGGACUAACCAAGGAAGGUGAGAAUAAGUAUAGCUCCCGAGUCCCGUUUCUUGCGUUCCUGCUGCGCGUGUCAUCAUGCGCCACAAAAGCCAUCCAACAUUGAGUCUGUCAAUCCGUCUGCCUUGCCAUCCUAGAAAUACACGAUGAUGAGUUCCGUAUGCACGAAAUGUUCUCGUUCUCGUCUCUCUUUUCUCUCACACGUCUUGUGCGAAGAGCACAGCAGCCGCAGAGGGUUUGGCCAUCUUCACCAGAUGUGCACUACAUAUUGCCCUCUGACGCUAAGGAGAAGCAGCGACUUGAGUUGCAACAUUCCCUUCUCAGGCGCGCACUAUGUGACGGCAAGUCCGUGUUGGCGCCUAUAAUCCUGAAACCUGGAGAUAAGGUAUUAGACUCGGGUACAGGAUCUGGAGCCUGGAUUUUGUCGCUCGCUGAGGAAGUUCCACCGUCAAUUUCUCUCACGGCCAUCGAUAUACAAUCCAACAUCUUUCCUAGAUCAUUUCCAAAGAAUGUCGUUUUCUCUAUCCAUUCCGUUACAGAAUUACCUGGAGUGUGGACCAACUCAUACUCGCUGGCCAACCAACGUGUUCUCUAUGCGGCCCUGACAGAACCACAGUGGAGCGCGGCCUUGUCAGAGAUUUACCGCGUUCUCGCCCCUGGCGGAUGGGUGCAAAUCAUCGAAGGCUCAACAAUCUCGACCCAUAUGGGGCCUUACUCUGAGAAGAUAGGGAAUAUUUUGGGUAAAUUGUAUGCACAUAAAGGCCUGGUCAUAGAUGUUGCGAAACGCCUCCCUGACAUGCUGAAACGAGAGGGAUUCAUCAAUGUACACAGCGAUACACGAGCUUUGCCUCUUGGGGCAUGGGCUGAUACGGACGGGCUCGAGCUCAGAGACAACCUAGUUUCAGUAUAUUCCGCUAUGCGCGGACCUAUCUUCGAAACAGGUGGAUUCGGACUGGUAUCAUCAGAACGGGAGUAUGACGACCUUCUCGAUGGCCUGGCGAAAGAGUGGGAUAACGGGGGAGAUAUACCUGCUUCAAAGGACUGGACAGCGAUGUAUGCUCAGAAGCCUGCUAUUUAGACCUCUGACUAUAUCGUUGAAACAAGGAAUUCACUUUUAUACACCAAUAUCUCUGCUUAAACAGUGUCGUAGAUGGCACCCCAUGUUACUGGUUCCGCCGCCAGAGUCGCAACCCAUCAAAGUUUGAACGUGAGUUCAUCUUCGCGUUCAUCUUGGUACCAAGUCACUGUACGAGUUCCACAUCCAUUGGGCCUGCAACUAUUGCAAUGAAACGCAAUCAGCGAGAAUCGGCAUCAGCGAAUAAGACAAUGUGAAGUGCGUACUUAGAGUGCCCGGCCUAUAUCUACGACGAGGAUCCCAGCUUCAAGUUCAGAAAUGAAUGUAGAUCCGCAUCGGGAGGGCUAGCAGUCUCGGUCGAUGGAGU